UGUCCUGGUUACGAGGGUCUCUCCUCCUCCCCCCGCCGCCCGCUGAGCUUCGGCUGUUCUCGGCUGUGUCCGCCAGAGGGCGCUCGGGCUCCGAUGUCAACACGCGCCAUUCGAUUGAGGAAAAUGCCACCAGAUGGCGGUUUAGGAUUGCUGCUCUUCUGAAAGGCGCGGUUCCUUCUCCCGGUCCAAUUUUCAAUUAAUAAAUCCAUAUUUAGCAAAACUUUUAUCGAAUUCCGAAAAGCGGGAACGCCGACCUUUGCGGCCAUGAGCAUCCCAGGCUCAGAGUUGCAGUGUUAAUACUGUCAUCUGCACUUAAAGCACACUGAAAGACCUCCUCCCAGCAGAGCACUACACACAGCAGACCUGUAACACACCACCUGCCCCUCCAUCAUCAUGAUCACCUCAGAGCUGCCAGUGCUACAGGACUCCGUUGAGUCGGGUCAGGACACAGUGAGUCUCAGUAUGAGUAUGAGUGAGCUGGACGACACAGGAGAUGGAAAGACCAAGAAGAAGAGAGGAAGGCCUGGCAGACCACCUGCACCCAGCAAGAAACCUCGGAAGUCACCAUCAGAGAAGGGUCCGAUGGGAGUCCAGCGGGGGCGGAAGGCCAAUGGGAUGGCCCAGCAGAACGGAGAGGGCGAUCCUGUCACUCUGUUUGAAGUGGUCAAACAGGGAAAGAGUGCUAUGCAGUCGGUCGUUGAUGACUGGAUCGAGUCAUACAGACAAGACAGAGAUUUAGCACUUCUGGACCUCAUCAACUUCUUCAUCCAGUGCUCUGGCUGUAAAGGCACUGUAAGAAUUGAAAUGUUUCGCAACAUGCAGAAUGCUGAAAUUAUUCGCAAAAUGACAGAAGAGUUUGACGAGGACAGUGGCGAUUACCCCUUGACCAUUUCUGGCCCAUUGUGGAAGAAGUUUCGCUACAACUUCUGUGAGUUCAUCUGCGUCCUGAUCCGUCAGUGCCAGUACAGCAUCAUCUAUGAUGAGUACAUGAUGGACACGGUCAUCUCUCUGCUGACGGGUCUGUCGGACUCACAGGUUCGAGCCUUCAGACACACCAGUACUCUAGCAGCCAUGAAGCUCAUGACUGCUCUGGUGAACGUAGCUCUGAAUCUGAGCAUUAACCAGGACAACACACAGAGACAGUAUGAAGCCGAACGCAACAAAAUGGCGGGAAAGAGAGCCAAUGAGAAGCUCGAACUCCUACUUCAAAGGAGGAAAGAGCUUCAAGAAAACCAAGAUGAAAUCGAAAACAUGAUGAAUUCAAUCUUCAAGGGAAUCUUUGUUCAUCGUUAUAGGGAUGCAAUAGCUGAAAUCAGAGCGAUUUGUAUAGAGGAGAUCGGUGUGUGGAUGAAAAUGUACAGCGAUGCCUUCCUGAAUGACAGCUACCUGAAGUAUGUGGGCUGGACUUUACACGACCGGCAAGGUGAAGUGCGCUUGAAGUGUUUGAAAGCCUUACAAAACCUCUACACAAACCGCGAGCUGUUUCCAAAACUCGAGCUCUUCACAAACCGUUUCAAGGAUCGGAUCGUGUCUAUGACGCUGGAUAAAGAGUAUGAUGUGGCUGUGGAGGCCAUCAGACUGGUCACGCUGAUCCUUCAGGGUAGUGAGGACGCUCUGUCUAAUGAGGAUUGUGAGAAUGUCUAUCAUCUGGUGUACUCCGCCCACAGGCCUGUGGCAGUGGCUGCUGGGGAGUUUCUACAUCGAAAGUUGUUCAGCAGACAUGAUCCCCAGGCGGAGGAAGCUCUGGCCAAACGCAGGGGCAGGAGCAGCCCAAAUGGAAACCUCAUCCGCAUGCUGGUGCUCUUCUUUCUGGAGAGUGAGCUGCAUGAACAUGCUGCCUAUCUAGUGGACAGUUUGUGGGAGAGCUCUCAGGAGCUGCUGAAGGACUGGGAGUGCAUGACCGAACUGCUGCUGGAGGAGCCAGUGCAGGGCGAGGAGGUGUUGUUGGACAGGCAGGAGAGUGCUCUGAUUGAGCUGACUGUGUGUACCAUUCGUCAGGCUGCUGAGGCCCACCCGCCUGUGGGGAGAGGGACUGGGAAAAGGGUUUUGACAGCAAAGGAAAGGAAGAUGCAGAUUGAUGACAAAAACAAAUUAACGGAGCACUUCAUCAUGGCUCUUCCCAUGUUACUCUCAAAAUACCAGACAGAUGCAGAGAAAGUAGCCAACCUCCUACAGAUCCCGCAGUACUUUGACCUGGAUGUGUACAGUGCUGGGAGGAUGGAGAAGCACUUGGAAGCGUUACUCAAGCAGAUCAAGUUUGUGGUGGAGAAGCACACGGACACGGAGGUCCUGGAGGCCUGCAGUAAGACCUACUGCAUCCUGUGCAGUGAGGAGUACACCAUCAUGAACCGCGUGGACAUCGCCCAUAGUCAGCUCAUCGAUGAGCUAGCAGACCGCUUCAGCCACUCGGUGGAGGAGCUGCUGCAGGCGGGGGAAGAGGCGGAUGACGACGACAUCUACAAUGUACUCUCCACUCUCAAGAAACUCACAGCCUUUCACAAUGCUCAUGACUUGACCAGAUGGGAUUUGUUCGGGAACUGCUACAGGUUGCUAAGGACGGGAAUAGAGCAGGGCUCUAUGCCAGAGCAGAUCGCAGUACAGGCUCUUCAGUGUUCUCAUUACUCCAUACUGUGGCAGCUUGUGAAGAUCACAGAGGGAGCUCCAUCCAAGGAUGAUCUCUUAGCACUACGGAGGGUUGUCAAGUCUUUUCUAGCUGUGUGCCAGCAGUGUCUUUCAAACGUCAACACGCCGGUUAAAGAGCAGGCGUUCAUGCUGCUGUGCGACCUGCUGAUGAUCUUCAGUCACCAGCUCACCACAGGGUCCAGAGAGGGUCUGCAACCUCUGGUCUUCAACCCAGAUAGCACCCUACAAAACGAGCUGCUCAACUUCAUCCUAGACCAUGUGUUUAUAGACCAGGAUGACGAGAAUCAGAGCAUGGAGGGUGAUGAGGAGGAUGAAGCUAACAAGAUUGAGGCCUUACACAAGAGGAGAAACCUCCUAGCUGCCUUCAGCAAGCUCAUCAUUUAUGAUAUAGUAGACAUGCCAGCCGCUGCAGACAUCUUCAAACACUACAUGAAGUACUACAACGAUUAUGGAGACAUCAUCAAGGAGACUCUAAGUAAGACCAGACAGACGGACAAGAUACUGUGUGCCAAGACGCUCAUCCUGAGCUUACAGCAGCUCUUUAAUGAGCUGAUCCAGGAUCAGGGGCCUAACUUGGACAGGACCUCAUCUCAUGUGAGCGGCAUUAAGGAAUUGGCCCGUCGCUUUGCCCUCACCUUUGGCUUGGACCAGAUCAAGACCAGAGAGGCUGUGGCCACACUGCACAAAGAUGGCAUUGAGUUCGCCUUCAAGUAUCAGAAUCCUAAAGGACCAGAGUAUCCCCCUCCAAAUCUGGCCUUCCUGGAGGUUCUCUGUGAAUUUUCCUCCAAGCUUCUUCGCCAAGACAAGAAAACAGUGCACUCGUAUCUGGAGAAGUUCAUGACUGAGCAAAUGAUGGAGAGGCGGGAAGACAUCUGGCUGCCGCUCAUCUCCUACAGGAACUCUCUGCUGACGGGCGGAGAUGAAGAUCGCAUGUCCAUCACCAGCGGCAGCAGCAGCAGCAAAGGGGGAUCCAUACGGAGCAAGAAGGGCCGUCCACCACUGCACAAGAAACGCAUCGAGGAGGAGAGUGUGGAGGGCUCUUGGAUGAUAAGGAACGACACCCUACAGACCCCCGGAGCCCUGCAGACACCCCAGCUCACCUCCACCGUGCUCCGAGAAAACCCUCGGCAAGCUGCUGAGCACCUCUCUGAACAGAACUCUGAGCCCGGCUCUGAAUCUGACUAUGUUCAUAAUCCUCAGAUGCAGAUGUCCUGGCUUGGCCAACAGAAGAUGGAGGAGGUGAACAGGAAAGAACGCACAGCCAUGAACUACAUGAAGGCCCGUAGCGGAGGAGUACGGCAGACUGUACGUGGUCUCAUGGAGGACGACGCAGAGCCCAUCUUUGAGGAUGUCAUGAUGUCGUCGCGAGGUCAGCUGGAAGACAUGAGUGAGGAAUUUGAGGACACCAUGGUCAUUGAUCUGCCUCCAUCCAGGAACAGGCGGGAGAGAGCAGAGCUGAGACCGGACUUCUUUGACUCUGCAGCCAUGAUUGAGGACGAGUCGGGUUUCACUAUGCCCAUGUUCUGAGGUGCCACAACAGAUGGAAAAGGAGUAUUUGAAGUGAUUAAAGGGCUGAAGAGACAUUGACAGAAGAAAGGAAGCACUGGUGUACAGGUUCAGAGAUUCUGGAGCAAACCCUCAACCGUCCUCUUUUAUCAAAUGCCACAUCAGAGGAGCUUUUAUUCAUCCGGAGAUUAUUUUAACAGAUGCAGUCCAAUCAUGUCACAUAUGGUGAUUUAUUUUUUAUUUUUUUUCUGUCGAACCAGUUCUUUGUCAGCUCAUUAGAAUCACACUGGAUGGGAUUUACAUUGUGGUACAAAUUUAUCAUGUAAGAAUAUACGGUCCUAUAUGUUCAAGAUGUACAUAUUUGUGUUUAUCCAUCCUACUAUGUAUAUGCCCUGUACAGCUAGAUUAUGAAAUCGCUUUUACUAUCAGGUCAACGAAUGGAUUCUUCCUACCAAAACAAGCAGUUGUACAUGUUGGUCAAACUUCAGUCUGUCUAAUUUUACAUAUAAAACAACACUAAGUAGUCAUAAUUCUGGUAAAUGACAAAGGAAGGUUAGAAACGUUUGGUCAGUGUUAAAAAUGCUGUUAAUAUUGUCAGAAAGCCAAAACUCUCUGUGACAGUUGUCCUGAAGGGGCAUUACACUACAUGUUGUGUAUUUUGGCUUGCGGAAGCAUUUGAAUGGUCAGUAUUUUCUUUCCAGUAGAUUUAGUUUUAAUGAGGUGAGGUUUAUUUGUGUGAAAUGUCUAUACUGCAGGGUUUCCAUCAGUUGCUCUUGUCCGGGUCAAACAGCAGAGGCUGCUGUGCCAAGUGUUCAAGUAUUGCCUCCGUUUAAGUGCUUUAUGGUCCUGUGCUAUCAAGAAGUGAAAUGUUAUACUGUCAAUAACAUGAGUUUCCCAUGAUCAUCAUUAUUCCCCACCCUGAGCCCCGGUUAGUUUUGCUAGUGUACCUGUAAAUUGUACAUUUUCAAUAUAAAAUGGUUUUCUUUUGUACAACCUAGAAAUGAUGUACCACUUUCCCUUUUAAUGGAAAACUGUUCUAAAACUUUUCUUCAGUGAACUUGUGGAAAACUCACUUUUUCAGAAAAAAAUUAAACAUGUAAUCAUGAA